GUUCAGGAUAACCUCACCCGCCAACUCCUCGUCAACCGUCUCCCAGUUGCGACAAAUCCGACAAGAUGGCGAAGUCCAAGAACGCGUCUCAGCACCACAACAGCCAGAAGGCUCACCGUAACGGGUGCGUACCCUCGAAUCCCCAUCGAACCAAGUCCUGAAAGAACCACACGAAUGUACGAAUGGAAUGGAGCGGGGAGGGUCGCUAUGUUGGAUCACGGCGCGAUUGUGGAAGGAACCUCUCAACCAUCGUUGUUCCAUCCAACACGACAACAGCGCCUUGACCGUCGCCAUUACCAUGAGAUACAACACCGGAAACACAUGAAUGCAAAAAAAAUCGCUGACCUUGUCGAUCUUCCGCUCCACAGUAUCAAGAAGCCCAAGACCAACCGUUACCCCUCCCUCAAGGGUGUUGACCCCAAGUUCCGCCGCAACCACAGACACGCUCUUCACGGUACCGCCAAGGCUCUGAAGGAGCGCAAGGAGGGCAAGCGCGAGGUCGCAUAAAUCAACUAAUAUAGAAACGUUUUAAAAAGAAAUGAAAGCGAUUUGAGUUGGUUGAUCUUUCUUUUGCCAAAACGCCCCCGCGCACCAUGAGUGGGAUCGUCUUGUCUUGUCGGAUUUAGCCCAGACUGGUCCUCACCCCACCCGGCUACAUGUUUUCGCAAACGGUUGUCACAUAGGAAAGGAAAUUGACUGGUUUCUGCGGGUAUACUUGGAAGAGCGAGUCGUGCUCUUCUGCUAUUUUUCUUUUCCGUCCUUGCCCGCAUCGUGGUGAGUGACGGGUUUUCCCCCACAAAUUCGGUUCGGGUCUUUUUGCAGACCGGAGUCGGAGAUCAGGCAUAUGUGUGUACAGCUUCGUGCUUAUUUUUCCAUGCGCGCUUGCUGAAGGAUUAUUUUAACGUGCCGAGAGAAGAUCCCAUGCCCUCCUGAC